AUGGCUUACCGUCCGUCCUCGACAACACCUUUUGCGUCGCCCCAAGGAGAUGCCCCUCCACCAUUCCCCAACGCGGACGCAGAUUAUCUCCCCGAAAAGAAACAGCAGGAGAUCCAAUCGCCACUGCAGCAGCAGCCGCCGCAGCAACAGAUGGUUGCAAGUCCCAUCAACCACACUGCUGGAGCUCCACCUGCGGGACAGUUCCUGGGCGCAGCAGCUACACACGAUGAUGUUGGAACAUUCAACGGAGGAAGCUACCGAAUCAGUCACCGUGAUUCGAACACCAUUCUUACUAUUCAGUUGGCAAUGGGCUGCCCACUUGAGGGCAAGCCGGGUGCUAUGAUUGCCAUGUCACCAACCGUCACACUCAAGGGUGCUGUAAAAUUCAGUGUAAAGAAGAUGAUUGCUGGUGGUGAGCUGGGAUCCUCGACCUUUAUCGGCCCCGGCGAAGUCCUGUUGGCACCUUGGAUGCUUGGCGAUAUUACGAGUAUCCGCCUGAACGGAAACGAGCAUUGGUCCGUAGGGCAUGACGCUUACUUGGCUUCGACCCAGGGUGUCAUCAAGGACUACAAGCGCCAGGGUCUCGGAAAGGCCAUGUUCAGCGGCGAGGGGCUUUGGGUGUACAAGAUCAGCGGGAAGGGCCUCUUGUGGGUUACUAGUUUUGGCGCCAUCAUCCGUAAAGACCUUGUGGAAGGUGAGAAGUACAUUGUUGACAACGGCCACCUCAUUGCUUGGAACGUCAAGUACGUAAUGGAGAGAAUUGCCUCUGGUGGUAUCAUCUCCGGCAUUGCCUCUGGCGAAGGCCUUGUCUGCAAGUUCACUGGCCCGGGUACUGUAUACAUCCAGACAAGAAACGCGAAAGCAUUCGGAACCUACAUGUCUGGCCAGGCUUACCAAGGGUAG